CCUCACAAUCGCUUCCAACUUGUCGUAAUCUCCUCAAUUCUUCUUCUCACUCUUUCACCUAAACCCUCAACUGCCAACACAACAACUGGGUCAAUUCCAGAGACAAAUCUUGAAUUUUCUACGAUUUGCUCUGGUCUUGGCCGUCCGCUCCUUUGAAAUUAAUUCUUUUUCCCAUUUCACUAUCCUGCAUCCGUCUUAUUUUGGUCUUGCAGGUAAUUUGUCGGAAGGAAACAGAACGACAGUAAUCCGCGAGCAACAUUGAACACUUGAUUCCACACCCUCCACUAUUAGCGAAAACCUUCCAAACCCAGAUCAGCGACGAGCCACGACUUUGUCAUACUAGGUACAGGGCAGCAAACCAGCCCGAUAAACCAGCGACUUGGAAAACGGGGAGGUUUCGACCAGAACUGGCGAUAUUGGCUUAUCAGGUGUCUCUUAGGAUACCGGUUUCUUUACAUUGUCAAUUUGUCAUGUUCAUCUAGCCUCUCCAACCUCGACUUCUUCUAUCCGCCAUUACACCAUCUAAAUACUCUAUGAUAUUAUUCCGUUCCUAGCUCUUUUAUUAUUGCCGCGCGGGAGCGGCCUGAAGGAAGAUGGCAACCGCCUUCGCUACUGGUCGCUCGGCCGCGACAACCACGUUGGGUGAAGGAGUGAACGAUAUCUCGGCACGCCGGCUUAGUGUACCAGCGCUUCGAAGCGGCAGCAUGACUCAAUCAGGCUGCUCCAGUAUUCAAUCCACUCCGCGCAUCAGUUUACCACCGCCGAAUCCGCCGUUCGUGUUUCCCGCUCGCCCUUCUACAUCUUCGUCUUCCUCGCCGUAUUCGAAGGGGCGACGACCUCUUUCAGCUGUAGAAUUUCCAGGCCGCACGCUACAACUUACCGAUGACUUGUCACUUGCCCCACCAGAAUUCAGCUUCAACCCGGGCGCCAGCCUGAGCCCAGACGCCGCAACCCGAUCUCGACGACCUUCGGCCCUACCAGAUUUCUCGUUCAACCCUGGCGCGAAUCCUGGCGCAACGCUUGGGCCUGACGAAUCUUUACUUAGCCCACCGCUUUCUCCACCAUCUCCGAUGAUGACUCCAAGUCGCACUGGGCACCGUCGAGGCGGGAGUGAGUUUGUAGGCGGUAAACUGAAGGCAGGAGGGUCAAUCACCGUGAUGAGCACCAGUCCUACGAGGUCCGAAAGUGGUUUUGAUUCACCUAAGCCCUCACCUAAGUUAUCGCCGGCAGACGCACAUCCAAGAAGGGGGCAUGCGCAUCGUCGCUCUGGUGCGAUAUCCAGCCACGAUCUGACCUUGAUACUCAAACCAAAUACCUCGCCUGCGCUAAGAGGCAAUAGCGCACCCCCCACACCAGCUGAUUUUGAUGACAAACAUCGCAGCCUUCCCGAACCCAGUAUUGAAGCUUCUAAAAACGAGCCGGACCCCAAGGAAGCAAAAGAAGAGGAGGAGGAGGUUCAAGAGACACAUAGCCAAUCCACCCCAACACCCAGCCCAUCUCCGAAAACAGCCGCGCGGGGACGUGUCGGGUUUUCCGAUACACUCGAAUUCAUUCCUCGGCCGCUUUCCUUGGUUUCUACUGAUACGUCAAGUACAAUGACGGUUCGCCCUAACCACAGAGUCUCAGGGAGUAUGUCAUCUAUUGUCUCGACAAACCUAGCAAUCGGAGAUCGCGAGCAAGCUAUUCGAAUGGGCUCACCUAGUUCGCGCACGAUGAAUGAUUCGCGCCCUAGUACCGCAGGUGCGGUACUGGAAAGGACCCCAAGCCUCCACGUGCUCAAUGGAGACCCCUUAUCACCACGACGACGCAAUUCGAUUCCCUUACUGGCCAAUCUUCCCCAAGGCAUUUCGGGGUCUUCCGCAAACUCGAGUCCCACAAAGACCCCUAGAAGGUGGUCAUUUUUCGGUCUCGAACCUUUUGCAGGUACUAAUUCGCCUACCAAAGCCCGACUGCUUGGCUCAAGUUUAUCAGAAUUUACGGAAAGGGACUCAAGUCUAGCAAAGCUAACUGGUAAGACUGGACGCAAGCAUGUUUCUGAUGACACUAUAUCCCGUACAGACAGCAAAAAGGCGUCGGGAAGAAAAAAGAAGCAAAAGAAAGUUAAAUCAUGGGCUGGUUCUAUUUUGACCAGAAAAUCCAAAUCACGAUCUCACAAAUCGAAGUCGAUACGUCGCCGUUCACAAACUCCACCACUACACAUGACACAUGGGAUUGAGGGUAUAGAGGAUGGUCUAUUACAGACCUCUAUAGCACUCCCACCACCUACAGUCUUGGUAACCGAACCAGCUCCGACUGAAUCCGAUACGGUCACUACCCAUCUAAGCCAAGCAUAUGAUGAAGAUCCGUCUUAUCCUAUGAUUGAUCUUGAUGCAGCUCUAGGCCCUUUCAAUACACCUUCCAGUCGUGAUAUGCAAUGGGAAGAAGCACAGAAAGCUGGUGCGGCGCCAAAACGGCAGCUUCACAGCGCUGCUGGUUUGAGAGGCUUUAGUGGCCCAGGAAUGCAUUAUCAUCGUCGCACCGAGAGUGCUCCUGAAAUGGCUCCUUUCGAGAAUGCGCGGUUCGGUAUACACCGAUUUGGUAGCUCUUCUACUAUGGCUGAUGUAUUCGAAGAGGAUGAAGAAGACGAGGAGGAUUUGAGCACAAAUACUCCAUCGGAAACAUCUAGCUCUGAAGCCCAAGACGAUUCUUUUAAUGAAUCAGACUCAGCGUCAAUUAUUGACGACGAUGCCGCGUCGACACCCACCCAAGAACACGAACCCGGCAAAGACGGUCAACAGACCUUCCCCUCGGUUAAACGUAAAGGCAGUGGUUCAAGUUUGGAGAUGCAACGGCCAGGUUCUAAAAUGAAAACCGAGAAUUCCGCUAGUGGUCUUCACGAAGAGGUCAUCGCGGAAGAGCCAAAUUUCGUUAUUUCUGGACGUGAAUAUAAUUUCCCGGUUUCCUCGGACGCCUCUGAUUCCAACACACCAUCUCCCCGGAGGAUGUACAGCGAUGACGUUGACCCACUGGAGAUGAAUGCUGCUACACCAGCCCCCUCCACCGUGCCAACGACCCCAUAUUCCAUGAGCUAUUCACCGUCAUUCCCGUCGCCUCGCUCAUUGAUGUCAUAUGACGCACAUAGGAUUUCAACUACCCCAUCCAUAGCUGAUGAGAACAGUUACCAUUCACUAUUGAUGGGGGAGCCUGGCCCUGAAUUAGUACGAAUAUCAGUGGAGGUCCCAUCUUUGACGAGCAGCAACUCGACCAUGACCCGAGACAGCACAUUUAUGCCUGGCGUUCAGCCUAGAAAUAUGCCCUUCCAUGACCAACGACCGGCUUCGUUUACUUCCACGCCCUUUGGCCGUAGAAGAUCGAGCUUGAUUAGCCUCAGUCGUCUAAUUAGCAGCGCGCACGCAGAGCGAAGCAAGUUGAGCAUGGAGGUCUCUCUUGAUUCCGAACCGGAGAAAAAGUCUAAGGUCAGCAAAUCCAAGCGCCUCAGCCGGAUGAUGCAGUUUUGGAAACCAAAGGGAUCUACCGAAUCCUGACGGUUACUAUAAUAUUUCCCUCUAGUUAGAUCUUAUCGAUCGCUACGAUUCACACUUAGGCCGGGCGGUACCAGUGGAUAGAGGAAGGCCAAAAUAGCUUGCCUUCCGCUUCGACCAACUGCUGACGUAUCCGACGAAGUUUAUGUAUUCUUACGCAUUUCUCUCCUUGCCUCCUCGAAACAAAGUC